CCAGGUCAGAGCGCGUCCCCCGGGCACACACGCAGGACAUUCGGGCAUUGUCUGCGCCGCCGGGUACGCGCAGGACAGAUCGUUUCUAACGUCGUCGCAGCCUAUUUCAUUUUCACUGCCAAGAUGCGUCUGUUAGCCGCGUUGGGUCUGCUGGCGCUAGCACGCCAGGUCAGCGCGGAGGCGACGGCCAACCCCCUCAUCAGCCAGCAGAUACCGCGCUCAGCCAAGAUGGGCGACCAGCGCGCCGAGUACUACGCUCAGAAGUAUGCCAACCACCCGCGUGCCGGCGCCGCCGGUUUUGUGAAGGACCAGGGGAGCAAAUCUUCUUCCCCAAUCCCAGUGUACACGGAGGCCCCCAGCAGAAUCGAGACUGACUACAGUCCGUACCUGGAGGAUGGCGCCGAGACAGCCACCUCCGUGCGGGGCAAUGAGACGGCACGCUUCUUUGGCCUGUCCACAACCAACCAGGAUCUGCAGCUGGGGCUCCAUUUCACGGUGCCCUUCCUGUCGGUGCCCCUCGGCUCGCUGCUCGGCCAGUACACGGACUGGUCGUCGCUACUGCAGGUCAACUGGCCCAGUCUGGUGGCACUGGGCGUGGUGCUGCUCGCUGCUGUCGUUAUCAUCCCCUGGCUGGCCUCCAAGGUGUCGGGCGGCAACCUGCCCAGCUACCUCAACCUCAGCAACUACGGCAGGGCCGACGACGGCGGUGACGCGGAGGCGCCCACCCUGAUGGCCCGGCUAGACGAGGCCCUGCAGAAAUACGACAUCGACUCCACCGCCUGCAUGCAGCGCGGCGUGUGCACGUACGUGCGCGAGGCGGCCACCAGCGUCAAGGAGGGUCGCGCCGGCUCCAAGGACCUCAUCCUGGACGGCAUCGCCAGCAACUCGUACAUCAACUCGUGGUUGGACGGGACGUCGCUACAGGAGGCUACUAAGGCGGGCCGAUCAGGCGCCAACUGCGCCACGACCUACGCCAAGUGCCCGCUCACCGCCAACAGCGUCUACCGCGCACUGGCCAAGUACAUCGGCAACGCUGUCUAGCUGACGCUCCACCCGCCAUCUAUCGGUAACACCGCUCCGCCUGCCAUCUACCAGCUGCACGACGAAGACGAAUGAGCGCGGACGACAGAGCGACCGCGGGGGAGCGCGUGAGUUGCGGCCUACGAACUGGACAGAGUGGGACGGCAGUGGGCACGGCUGCAGAGCAGACGUCAGAUCGCAGCAGGACAGCAAACCAAACGGCGUAGGUUAGCAGAAAUGCGCAAGGAAACUGACGAGAGAGGACUACGGAUGAAACUGACGGCUGACCAAGCAAAACAGAAAGGUAGAACCAGCUAAUUGGGGUAGACAGACUGGCCAGACGAAAUACAUGACAGAGUAGGACACAGUUUCAGAAGACCAUCGGACAGAUUGGUUGUGACAACGGUCAGACUGGUUGAGACAGCGGUCUGGAGGAUUUUUUUGGGUGGAAAGGACAAGAAAACAGACGAGACGAACCGGAAGAAACACGACAGCGCUGAAGCGACGUGCGACCAGAUAUGCCAGCACACAAUACUGUGCGGAAGUAGACAACACCGUACAGUAGCGCAGAAGCGGAGAAGUGGACCAGACAGACGCCGGCUAGACCAGUCAAUGGAGAGGCCAGACGCCGUUCAGACAGGACAGGGGACCGCGUGGUAAGCCAUCGUGUACGCCUGAGGCAAUGGCUGAAGCUUACCAACGCAGAACGGAAGGAAACCGACACCGGCUGACGGCAGCCCACAGCGUCAUCUGACCCAGCAGAGCAAGACGUUACCUGAGCCUGCCAGGAGCAGUCAGCUGGCGUCAACCGGUGACCGACCCUCGGCGCCCUGCGGCGAUCGG